AUGGCUCAUAGUCAAUAUCCACACGGUGUUAUCGAAUCUGCUAGUAAGCAAUCUGGCCUUCGGUCAAACUGCUCCCCUGCUUCAAUAUACUGUGUUCAUUGCGAUGCUCAAUACAACCCCUCAGACUUGGAAUGCCCCAAGUGCGACUUAGAAUGUAUACCACCAUCGCUUACGACUCGCAGUCAUCGACCUAGAGAGUAUUAUGAUAUUGUACAAACAGAACCAGCCGAAUCUGAGUCAUUUCCGCACUUCAAUAAACUUCCCUUGGAGAUCAGGAUUAAAAUAUGGCGGCAGGCAUCUUUAGCGCCAUGUAUAUAUCAUAUCUACGACUCUCGAAAAUUUCGUGCUUCUCCGUUGUGUAUACCAAUAUUGUCCGCCUGCCGAGAGUCCUACGAUGCCGUACAUGCGCAGUAUGGAGGAGUUUCCAUCAUCAAUCGAGAAUUCUCUUUUUCUUCUGAAUGCAUGCACAAUUGCGACAUAUUGUACUUUGACAAUAUAUUUGCCGAAAAUUCGAGUCGUUUUGAUCGAUUAGACAUAUUUUUACUUCAGCGCCAAAUUGGAGAAAUCAAACAUUUAGCUGUUUGCACAUUCGCCUUGAAACGAAAUGCGUUUAGACCUUUCUCAGAUACAGAGUACCAAAUAUACUUUGCUCUUUGGAAAACCAAUAUUGAGGUACUUACCAUAGUACAUCGUCGACAUGGCGAGAAGUACUGCCCUACUUUGACCUUCAUUGAAGUUCAAGACAUUGACCUCUCUCUCGAAUUCUAUCAACAACCCUACAAUCCAGCAAACGAAAACACCUUCAAUCUCGUGCAAAAUAAUUAUAAGAAACAACUUGAGAGCUAUUUUCCGAUAAAUAGAGAGGGUCUAUUCGAGUUUGGCCGUGAGCAUUCGCAACGAGAAAAGCUUCCAGUCAAAGAUUUCCAAAGACCUCUCAUCUUUCGACAAAAGAUUGCCACCACGAUGGCAAUGGAAAGGAGGCUGAACAGAGCAAAAGCACAAUUCGAAAAGAGCAAGUCUGAAUACUUGAGGCAAGCUGCCCAAGAGAUAUCACUGGCGGAAUAA